CCGAAUCCAAGUUAUAAUUGUUGUGACUCGUGUCAGCAAGCAUACUUCGCGCAAAGCUUCCGAGUCCGGCAGACGGCAUAGUUCUAGCAGCAGAAAUCAGGGACCCUCCACGACUCCCACCGCCCCCGAACUUCCUUCUCCACUCCACCUCUCUCCGAUCCCAUCAUUCAGAGCACUUGCUACGCGACCACACUAGUAGCCAAGCUCGAUUCUGGACAGCACCUCCACAUUCUCAUCGCCAGCGACGGAAUACCACCGUUUUCCCACGCUCUCAUCACCUACUCCACCCUCCCGCGUCCGCGCUCGCCCAUCACUUUUGGGGUGAGAUCCUGAGCUUUGUGACAGAUCCCACUGGUCGUGUUCAGAGCUGUUCGUUGCUUGCACGUGGAAUUCUCCUCCUCCGAUCGCAAGACACGCCAAUACACACGCUGCCUGUCCUCCCGACUUCACGCUCUCGUCAAUUCGCUCGCUUGUCGUUGCAACACGUCGCACCGAUACAAGCAGCCCUAGCCACGCGCGCAUAGCUUUCCGACUUUGCUCGACACCGCUCCACGACUACAUUCCGACUCUGCGAAGCUCGAUCAGACCCGCAAUAUCAUACACGACCAUUCGGACCCCGAUAGAACCAUCAGCGGACCAAGACGCGCUGUUCAAAGGCCGAUUUGCUCGUACAUUUUAGCUGCAGCACCGAAGCGCGCACAGGGAGGCAUAUUAGAGCAUUGAAAGAUCAGCCAGAAUGGUGGUCGCUACUAUAAAAUGUGUGGUGGUCGGUGACGGUGCUGUGGGCAAGACAUGUCUUCUCAUAAGUUACACGACCAACAAGUUCCCUUCGGAGUAUGUUCCGACGGUGUUUGACAACUACGCGGUGACGGUGAUGAUCGGCGACGAACCGUACACGCUUGGCCUCUUCGAUACCGCCGGACAAGAAGAUUACGACCGCCUACGACCUCUCUCCUACCCGCAAACCGACGUCUUCCUAGUCUGCUUCUCCGUCACCUCGCCCGCCUCAUUCGAAAACGUCCGGGAAAAGUGGUUCCCUGAAGUGCAUCACCACUGCCCGGGCGUUCCCUGCCUGAUCGUUGGCACGCAGACAGAUUUGCGCGACGAUGGCUCCGUGCGUGAGAAAUUGGCCAAGCAGAAGAUGCAGCCGGUGCGGAAGGAGGACGGCGAGAAGAUGGCCAAGGAGUUGGGUGCCGUCAAGUACGUGGAGUGCUCGGCGUUGACGCAGUUCAAGUUGAAGGAUGUCUUUGAUGAGGCGAUUGUGGCUGCGUUGGAGCCGCCGCAGGUUAAGAAGACGAAGCGUGAGUCGAGAUCAUCCCUAAUAUGUGUCUAUAUAUGCUGA